UUAACCCCCCUGUCGGUAUUCUCGAGUGUAUCUCGGGUUAAAGUUUCAGUACCAAAAGCGGUAACCCCGAGCUACACUCAGGAAUAGCUUGCAGCGUUGCUCUGGGAUCUCUUCUUCACUUACCUUGUCAUGCGCUCCCGCGAUGUCCCCCCUGCAGUGUCCCCUGUAAUGUCCUCCGGCGGAUGCCGGCAUCUGUCUUACGGGAUCCGUUCCCUGCGACGUCGGGACAUAGGGGGGACGGAACUGGCGGGAAAUUUAAAAAUGUCAAAAAGUGACAUUCACUAAAUACACUAAAAUCACAUAGUAAAACAUUACUGUAUCAAAGCAUUUCACAUACAU